AUGUCACAGGCAUCCAAUUUUGUUAAAAAGUUAGCGUCAAAUGAUAAACCAACCAGAGAUGCAGCACUCGAAUCCCUCAAGAAAUUCCUCAUCUCAAAAUCGUCAAAAUCAUUUUCGAUAUCAUUAUUAGAUGCAGAAAAAUUAUGGAAAGGGCUAUACUAUUCAAUGUGGUUUUGCGAUCGUCCAAAAGCUCAAGAAAGAUUGGCAGAAAACUUGGGUAAAUUAUACUCAGAAAACAUCAAUUCCAACGAAGUUUUUCUUCGAUUUGUUGAAGCAUUCAAUUUAAUCAUGAUUAAAGAGUGGAGUGAUAUAGAUCAAUGGAGAAUAGAUAAAUAUUACUUAUUAAUUAGGCGUGUGUUGAGACAUAAUUUCAAGUAUUUGAAACUGCAUGCAUGGGAGGAAAGUUUGGUUAAUAUUUGGAUUGAUGUUAUGAGUCGAACUAUAUUGAGUGGAGAUGCAAAAGUCCCAGUUGCUUUACCUUAUCAUUUAUGUGAUAUAUAUUUAGAUGAGCUCCAAUUGAUAUUGUUUGAAACAUUGGAAGAAGAGGAAUUAGAUAAAGAAGAUCCUGAGUAUUUGCAAAAAUACGAAAACUUGAUGAGACAAAAGAUUGACAUUGUUGAGAGUGUACCGGUGUUGAAACUAAUAGAGCCUUUCCAAACUUUAAAUAAAGAGGCGAAAUUAAAACCUUUGAGGGAGAAAUGUAAGGAUGAAGUUUUGGAUGAUGAAAGGUUGGUUGAUUGGGCAGUUGUUGAAGAUAAUAGUGAUUCUGAUCUGGAUGACGAUAAAGAAGACGGGUCUGUUGAAGAUGAUGACGAGGAAGAAGAAUGGAAAGGUUUUUAG